AUCACAUACGAAUAAGUAUAUGCGGCUGGAGUGUCCAUUACACUUUAUAUCCGAAUGAUGAACCCGUCGGUCGUCGUCGCUAUUGCAGUUCUGGCUUUUGUUUGAAAUUUGUCUUGCUUGGAUUUAUGUUUCGUAUGGAUACGCGCCGGUACUUCUUGAUGAAAACUACUUCAUCUAUAAAAAUCCUUUACUCAUAUACAUAUGCGAUAUGUAAAUUACAAUUUGAAUGGUAUUUUCUUUCUUUCUUAUUUGCAGAAUCUGGAACAAGUGUUGACCGCAAUUAAAAAAUCUAAGCCGCAUCAGUCUGCAUGAACCAGUGAUCAGUAUAAGACAUCAGAAUUAUUAUAAUGCUGCAGAAUCCAUCAAAAUACCAUCCGAAUCCUCUAUCGCACUUUUUGGCAUUACACAAUCCUAGUACGACAGUGCAACAUGCCCACCAUCACCAGCAACAUCAUCACCCACACAUGACCCACAAUCAGCACGUAAUAAGCAAUUCACCGCACUUGGAUAGCAAUACUUCCUUGGAUGUGGGUAAAUCCUUUACCAUAGCGGCUAUAUUGGGAUUACAGAAGAGUGCCAUUGACAAUAAUCGAAAGGACUACAACAGCGUAAUGAAUUUAUCAAUAAGCAAUACCAAUCAUACCAAUCACCUGCAAGAUAAAAAUGUUCAUUCGGAUAACAUUACAGAUGCUCAAUUAAAUAGCAGUGCAAGUGUAAAUAAAUACGAGUGUGAUACUAUGAAUUCGGUGAAUAGUAGUGUAGUUAAUAGAUACUUACCAUCAUCAGCAAAUGAAGCUGUGCAAAAUGUAGGACAUAUGCGGCUGAAUGCUUUUGGCCAUCAUGCAGCAGCUGCGGCAGCAGCUUCUGUAGCAGCCGCCGCUGCUGUCGCUAAUGCUCCAUCCGCCCUCCAAAGCCUCCAACAGCUGCAUCAACAUCAUGCUCAGCAACAAGUUAAUAUAGGAUUCCAAAGAGAGAAGAUGAAAAGCGAAACCAUUGGCAAGAAGUCCACGUUAAAAAACAAGCGAGUGCGCACAAUAUUCACACCCGAACAAUUAGAAAGACUAGAGGCUGAAUUCGAACGACAACAGUACAUGGUGGGGCCAGAACGACUGUAUUUGGCGCAUACCCUUCAAUUGACUGAAGCCCAAGUGAAAGUAUGGUUUCAAAAUAGAAGGAUAAAAUGGAGAAAACACCAUUUAGAAAUCACUCAACAACGUUUGGCGCUCCUUCGGCAGACACAAAUGCCACCGGGAAACGAGGAUGAAAUCAAAAAUAAUUGCGAGGAAAUAAGACAAAUAGGAGGCAAUCGACAACCAUCUGAAUCUGAUCUUUCCGUAUGCAAUGAUUCCAUGGACGGUGAAAGUGUUGCUGAGGGAGAUGAUUCAUAAGUGAAGAAGCUUAUGCAUGCAGGCCAUAAUUAUACUCUUAAUAAAAGCAUUUAAAGGCUAUGAUAAGCACAAUUUCAAAUAAGCACAGGGUGUAAUUUAAAUUUUAAAUAGAGAAACAAAAAAAAUAUUACUUGUACAUAAUAUGAAUGAUAUAAAUUGUAAGUUGUA